AUCUGAUAUUGGUGUGUGAUUGAGAUUGGACUGCGAGAUUGCGAGAGGGAACGACCGGACGUGUGCAGACGCAGGAACAUCACCACAUCAGAAGAUAAACCUGCUUCAGCUUCACAUCUCCACAACACUUCAGGAUGAAGUUUGAGGAUCUCUUAGAAGAGCUUGAUGGUUUUGGAAGGUUCCAGAAGAUGAUCAUGUUCCUCAGUUUUAUUGGUCGGUUCACACUCCCUUGUCACUUCCUGUUAAACAACUACAUCGGUGCUAUCCCUCCCCAUCACUGCGCCCUCAGCUCUGAGGACGGGAAUCUAACACACGAGCAGAGGAUGACCAUCAGCAUCCCCAAACAGGAAGAUGGGACCUUCACUUCCUGCCACAUGUUCUCAGAACCACAGUUCCAGCUUUUAGGUGAUGAGUCGAGCUUCACAAAUGCGUCAGUUGUUGAAUGUCAGAAUGGAUGGACGUAUGAUAACAGCAGCUUCAUCAGCACUUUAGCUACAGAGUGGGAUCUGGUGUGUGAAAACAGAGGGAUGAAUAAAGCGAUGGCCACCAUCUUCUUCGUUGGAGUGAUGUUAGGAGCAGCUAUAUUCGGCAGUUUGAGUGACAGAUACGGUCGUAAAACCAUGCUGCUGGUGUCGUACGUGCUAUCGUUGUGCUUUGCGAUGGCGAGUGUGUUCUCCUCCUCUAUCAUCAUGUUUGCGGUGUUGCGGUUCUUCACGGGCCUGAGCAUCACUGGCAUCGUCAUCGUCACCAGCGUGCUGAAUGUGGAGUGGGUGAGUAUAGAGAGCAGGAAGUUGGUGGGUGUGAUUGACAGUUUCAGCUGGACGUUCGGUUACAUGGUGCUUCCUGUCAUGGCGUACGGCAUGAGAGACUGGAGAUGGCUGACUGUAACGGUCACUUUACCGCUCGCUGUGGCGUUAAUCAGCUGGAGGUGGGUUCCAGAGUCGGCUCGGUGGCUAAUCGCUAACGGUAAAGUGGAGAAAGCUCAGUAUUACUUACAGAAAUGUGCUGUGAUGAACAAGAGGAUGAAAGGCAACUCCAUCCUGAAACCAGAGGUUCUCUCCUCUAUAGUGUCAGAGGGAGGAAACAGGACGUACUCGUAUCUGGACCUGAUGAGGACGCCAAACAUGAGGAGACUGGCUCUGCUGACUGGAGUUACCUGGUACGGCGUGGCUUCCACUUACUACGGGAUGAGCUUUAACAUCAAAGGCUUCGGUCUGAAUCUGUACCUGAACCAGUUCCUGUAUGGUGCAGUAGAGGUUCCUGCUAAACUCCUCGUCUAUCUGCUGCUCGACUGGAUUGGACGGCGUCUCACUGAGGUGAGCGGUCUCCUGCUGUCCAGCUGCGCACUCAUCAUUAAUGUCUUUAUACCAAAAGGUGUGGCCUCUGUAUCUGUCUGUCUCUCUGUAGAUCAGUGGAUCGUGCGCUCGGUGAUCGGAGUUCUGGGUAAAGGUUUCACCUCCAUUGCCUUCUCAACACUUGUCUUGUACAGCUCUGAACUUUACCCCACUGUCAUCAGACAGAAUGGAAUGGGCUUUAUCUCCUUCAUGGGGCGACUGGGCGUGGCUUUAGCUCCAUUGAUCCUCCUAUUGGAUGAUGUGUGGACUCAUCUGUCGCAGGUGAUUCUGUGUGUCAUUGCACUGAUUGCAGGUGUGGUGGCAAGUCAGUUACCUGAGACGAAGGGCAGGUGUCUCCCUGAGACUAUAGAGGACAUCGAGGGGACAAGGACAGGUCACGUUGCAGUUCCAGACCAGGAGAAAGAAGGUCGAGAACAAGAGAAUGGAGGUUAAGAAGUUAUAUUUCUGUGUAUUAGGAAGUUCUCAUUUAAUCACUAUGUUCAUCAUCACUUAGAAAUAAAUCCACAGUGAAGUGUUUAUUUACUAAAUAAUGUUGGCAAGAAUAAAAAAUAUAUAUAUUAAUUGAA